GACGAAGAAUGGAAGGAUACAAGCGAACGUACGAUUAUCCGUGCGAGCGCAAUCGGAGGCGAGAUUAUACUGAAAUCCAUGCACGGGAUUCUGCACGUCGGACACGAACGAUCCAGGCGUGAUUCCGCGGAUUGCAAACGACUCUGCCCACUCGCCGUGGGCUGCGCCGUGAAACACGCGAUCGUCACGGACCCGACGAUGGCGUGUCUGUCACUUUCAUUUUCGAACCUGGCUCACGGAACGCUGAAGACAGUGGAUUCGCUUCUCAUCGAAGACUUUGGAAAGUAUGACAAUCUCACGGUCGAAUCUAGAGUAAAAAUGAACUGUCUGUUUACGCCCUGA